UUCCAGAUUGCCGCGUGCUCUCUGAUUCGUGGUGUGGUGGUGUAUUCACAGGUGUUAUGCUAACAUGUUCAGGUAAAGGUAUUGGUACUUGAAGGAAACCAAGGCAGGAGAAGGCAACGUUUGCGGAUGCGACCUGAACUACAACGCAGGCAAGGUAAAAGCAUGUUUGGAAGGGAUGACCCCCGUCUCUCGGGAUAGCCGUGUUUUAUCUUCACCACAGCUAUGUCACUCGGCCUUCUCCGCAGUGACCCCUGCGCCACCAACCAUGCUGGGAAAUAACGAGCGCUUUUAUCCCGGUCAGGAUGACAAAGACGACGGGGAGGAUGAGGAGGAGGAGGAUGAGGAGCAGGGCAGAGAAACCCGCAAAAGGGAAAGUGGACGCCGCAUCGAGAACGGAGGGUUAGACGUUCCGGGUCAGAAGGUGAUGACGGGAGGAAGACAAUCCCGGGAAGGCAAAGUCGGCGACGGGGCCAAACCGGCGGCCGUCGUUGUCGGUAGGCAGACGGCAGACCGGCCCGGCAGGUCGGGCAACCCGGCAAACCGGGGGAUCGCUUAUACGUCCGGUCAAGCCACCCUCCGUCACCAAACGGCCAAUAAGACGCAGCGUCGCGGUGUGGGGGCCAAUCAGCAUGGCGCAGGCUUGAACGCGGCUCACAAGAGAAGAGCUCCGAUGGAGCGCAGCAUGACCACCAUGGCGCCGACGGAGGAUACCUUCCUGACCAUGAUGGUGUUCCGCAUCGGGAUUCCGGACAUCAAGCAAACGAGGUGUGUCCAGUUUGACCAGGACUGCACGGUGUGGAACGCAAAGCAGCAGAUCAUCGGCUCCCUCACCGAGACCUUGUGGGACGUCUACAACUAUGGCCUCUUCCAGCCGGCGGGGGAAGGCCGGGAUGCCAAAUUCUUGGAGGAGGAGAGGACCUUGCAGGAAUACUCGCAGUCCUUUGAGAAAGGGGUCCCUUACCUGGAGUUUCGAUACAAAACCAGAGUAUAUAAGCAGACAAAUCUGGACGAAAAGGCGCUUUCCAAGCUUUGCACAAAGGCCAGUCUGAAGAAGUUCAUGGAUUACGUUCAGACUGGAGCACUAGAGAAAAUGCUUAAAGUCCUCGAGAAGGGUCUCGAUCCAAAUUUUCACGACCCAGAGAGCGGAGAGACCCCCCUGACUGUGGCGGCGCAGUCGGGUCUGGCGGUGGAGGGCAUCAGGGCUCUGGUUCAGGGUGGAGCUCAUUUGGACUUUAGAAGCAGAGAUGGCCUGACUGCGAUGCACAAAGCAGUCAGGGUCCACAACCAUACUGGGCUGCUGGCCCUCUUGUCGUUGGGAAGCUCACCUAACUACAAAGACCGCUGUGGGCUGACCCCGCUGUACCACACCGUCCUCACAGGGGGCGACACCUCCUGCUGCGAGACUCUGCUUUAUUACCGGGCCAAGUUGGGGACCAGAGAUGAGAACGGUUGGGAGGAGUCCCAUCAGCACAGGGAUGAAGAGGAGUUUGGAAUGGAAGAAACGCACAAGGCUUGCCAGAACGGCUUUGCCCAACACUUGGAGCAUCUGCUGUUUUAUGGGGCCGACGCCUCCUCUCAGAAUGCCUCAGGGAAUACCGCACUUCACAUUUCUGCCCUGUACAACAAAGAGAGCUGCGUCCGGGUUCUUUUGUACAGGGGAGCAAAUAGGGAGGCAAGGAACAAACAUGGUCAGACCCCUUUUCAGCUGGCUGUCAUGUCGGGUCACUUUGAACUCGGGGAAAUCAUCAAAAACCACAAAGAUUCAGACAUCGUUCCCUUUUUGGAGUCCCCAAAAUAUGUCCCCAAGCGAAAAGAAAGUGCCCAUACAUUGCCUCUGCCCUCGCUCCAGCCCCACCCCUUACUGCGAGCUAACAGCGACAACACCAUGACGCAUUCUGAUCCCGUGGUUAUUCCCAACAAGGCCGCAACCGCUCCCCACCCAUCUCAGGGCCACCGCAGGGCUUCCAUCGGCUUGCGAAGUACGAGCGGCCCCAGAAAUCGCACCCGCUCGCCAUCACGAGGAAGAGGAGGCCAGAGUGACACCGAGGAGAGGCACCGGCAGCCGCGAGGCAGGCAGGGAGUGACCCCUGCAGCCAGUGGCGGAGGUCAAAUGAAGCGACUGUACAGCGCAGUACCAGGGCGAAUCUACAUCGCUACUCGAGCGCACUCUGCUAGCGGAGAGAGACAGCUGUCGCUCAAAAAAGGGGACAAAGUUAAAGUGAUAAGUGUCGGCGAGGGGGGAUACUGGGAAGGAACGGCCAAGGGCCGCACUGGGUGGUUCCCCUCGGACUGUGUGGAGGAAGUGGCAGCCGUCAACAAGGACAAUCGACCAGAGACGCGGAGCGGGAAAGCCAAGAGGAAGCUUUUCCGUAACGUGACGGUCGGCGCCUACGACGGCACCGACGGGCCCAGUGACUACAUCAUCAAGGAGAAGACAGCCGUCCUACAGAAGAAAGACAAUGAGGGAUUCGGUUUCGUCCUUAGGGGAGCCAAAGCUCAGACUCCUAUAGAGGAAUUCACUCCGACGCCAGCGUUCCCGGCGCUGCAGUACCUGGAAUCCGUCGAUGAGGGCGGCGUGGCGUGGAGGGUCGGCCUUAGGAUGGGGGAUUUCCUCAUCGAGGUGAAUGGCCAGAAUGUGGUGAAGGUAGGACACCGGCAGGUUGUCAACAUGAUCCGACAGGGUGGCAACAUUCUAAUGGUGAAAGUUGUCAUGGUUGCCAGAAACCCCGAGCUGGAGGAUACCGCUCGAAAGAAAGCCCCGCAGCAGACGAAAAGGCUGACCCCUCCCGCCAUUGCCCUGCGCUCCAAGUCAAUGACAUCGGAGCUGGAAGACAUGGUGGAGAAAGGUGGGAGAAUCACAAAUUUGUGCGCUCUCAUUGUCAUUUGCGCUCCUAUCACCAUCCCUCCUCUGCAUUCACACCAUCUCGUGUCUGAGUAUGUACUCCAUCCCUUCAUCUGCCAUAUGAAGCCAACGCCGCGCCGCUUGGAAUUCACGCCUAAUUUAUGUUUUCCAAUUAUGUACGCUUCAGCCGCCUCUCCGUGGAAAAAGAAAGCAGACUACGAUUCCUCUCAGGGUCCUGAUAAGAAGAGGACAGUCUAUCAGAUGGCACUGAAUAAACUGGAUGAAAUCUUGGCUGCCGCCCAGCACACGAUUGCAUCAGACAACCAAGGCCACAGAGGUCACGGGGGCAAGAGGGACCGGAGCAAGAGUAUCGUUCCCAAUCUUUCCAAUGAGCCAAGGUUCGAGCUGCAGUCGGCGGCCGAUCCCAGACCGGGUUUUACUUACAACCAUGCCCACUUUCAACCAGCGCAGCAUGCAGUCAUGGUGCGUCAGAAAUCCAUUGGCAUAACUGAAGAGGAGAGGCAGUACCUUCAUCCACCGGCGAUGAAGUUGGCUCGGAGCUUGUCAGUGCCAGGACCGGAAGAAAUCCCCCCUCCCCCGAAUACAUCUGCACCCGAGCCGCCAUUAUCUGCCGGCCCUCACCCCGGGAGGGGUCCCGCCAUGCCCAUCCCUCCCGUCUCUGAAGCCCACUUCCAGCCGCAGUCCCAACCGGGCCAUCCUAAUCAGUCGGGCUGGGAAAGAGGAGGCGGGCUGAACCAGCAGGUUAUGGUCACCACGCUACGCCGACAAUCGGAAGGGCUGUGCGCCAGGGAGCAAGAGGCCCCCAGGCGAGGCGGCGGCAAGAUGGGGGCCUUGAGAAGAGGCUACAGUAGCGCCACGCCGCCAACAAGCGCCAAACCUAAAACCCAACAAAAUGUGCCGCAUCAUUCACACGGAGGCGCUCAGGAGCAGAGCGGCGGGACCGGCAGGGGUGCGGCGCGCAGGGGGGGUCGGGGCGCUCUGACCAAACAGUCGAAAGUUGAGGAGGGGCCGCGACAGCACCGUGGGAAAGGCGGCGCCGCCAAAGAGAAGACGUCCAUCCCCAUCCCGACCAUCAUCAUCAAAGCGCCCUCCACCAGCAGCAGCGGUCGAAGCAGCCAGGGCAGCAGCACGGAAGCCGAAGUCUCGCAGGAUGCGGAGGAGCACGCCCCCCCUCAACCCUCUCCGGAAAGCCCCGAUUGCACUCUGCCGUCGCCUCUCACCUCUGCGCCACCCCAGCCGCCGACGUCCACCUCCUCGCCUCAAUCCACCGUCGCCGCUCCCCUUUCUUUGAAGCAAAACCCGGAGAACGUAGACUACUCGUCCGCUGCGACUUUCGGAGGCGGAGGCGCGCGCAGGGAGAGGGAACGUUUCCGUGACAUGAGAAGAAAAAGUGCUUCUUUCUUCCUCUCGUCCGAGGAGGACGUGCAGGGGGAGGUGGGAGGCGGCGUUGGCGAAGGCGGGGAACCCCUAAACGCAAGGAUUCAGCCGUUGCAGAGCUCACACAUGGAAGUACCGACUCCUCGCCUGCGGCCCUCCAAGUCCAUCGACGAGGGCGUGUUUUCUGGGGACAAUUACGUCCACUACUCCAGCAGCAUGCCCCCCGCCUUCGGCCUGCCCGAGUAUUCCUCUCCCGUCCUCAAUCAGGAUGGGCAGCCCAAGUCGGCGCCGUCCACGUACGGCGUCCGGCCAGCCACCACUUUCAUCCACCCGCUCACCGGCAAGGUCCUGGAUCCUUCGUCGCCGCUGGGACUGGCGCUCGCCGCCAGGGAACGGGCCCUCAAGGAUGACCGCAGGACUCGCCGAGAGGAGAGACACUUUGGUCGACAGCUGUCCACGGCCGGAGCGUUUACCGCCCCCGCCCAGACUCCGACACCACCCUCCCUUUUUGCCACCCCCACGCAGUCGACUUACACGUCCCCCGUUUCCCUUCACUUGACCUCCCCCACCAAUACGGCCAGCACGUCACCCGCUUCCCAAAGUCGGCCUCAGUCGCCCAGGAUCUUACGCCUGGGGGGAGGAGGAGAGAAGACGGAGCGAGAAAAGGACCCGGGCCAUCGAGAGGGCCUGAGAGUUCGCUUCUCAGAGGACGGAAACGGCCAAUACUCGGGCCAGUAUUACUCCCCAAACAGCAGGGAGAGAGAAAAAGAGGCCCCCGAUAGCAGACCCGCUCCACCCGUGCAGCCUCCGCCACCCCCGUCUCAGCCCGCCCCGCGCAGGCCAUCCUUCCUGCAGAUGGAAAACAGUCCGAACGCCAACUACAUCCCUCAGUACGCCGUCCCGACGCCGCCCCAUGCCAUGGCAGAGACCAAAGGGGAACAUCUGGGAAUGAUGCAUCUGCCCCCCCCGGCUCCCUCAGUAGAGGUCGAUGAGGAGUUUGUCUUUGCGGACCCGUUGCCACCUCCGUUGCAGUUUGCCAAUGGCAAGAACGGAAGAGUGAGGGACUACUACCCGAGCGCGAGUCAACGAGCCGCCGCUCCGCCGCCGCCGCCUCCUCCCAAGGCCUCGAGCGUUCCUCAAACCUCUUCGCAGGGCGGGGACUCGGCCACCUCCAGCCUCACCUCCUACGACAGCGAGGUGGCCACCCUGACGCAGGCGGCUCUCUCGCCGUCUUUACCUUCCCCCGCCCUGCCCGCCACGAACCUACACCGGCCCCACCCCGUGUCCCUUUCUCACUCGUAUUACGGCGGCUCCGACGAGCCGUCGGCGGGGCGCGACGCCGCAGCCGCCCUCACCACCACCAUUUCCGACUACGGCGCGCCUGCGGGAGGAAGCAAGGCCGGCUUCGGCCCGGGGGGCGGGGCCGCGAACCAUAUUCACCACCACCACGCCGGUGUCCCCGAGGGUGGAGAAUGGCAGGAUGCGGUGGUGGAUUCUGGGAUCGAAGAGCUGGACAGUCACAGCAGCAGUGACCACCAUAUGGAAAUGUUGGGGUUGACCGGGCUCAGAGGAGACGGGGGUGGCAUCGGAGGAGACGUCGCAGGCGGCGAGGGUCGAAAAGGGGCCGCGCCGCGGGACCCUUCUCCGGCUUACCCCGGCGGACAAACCUUUGAGGUACACAACAGCAAAUUGGUGAACGCGACUCAUUAUAGGGAGGGAACGGGGAAGGUGCUGCCCGUUGCACUACGCCGGCAAAACGGCACCAACCCCGCCCCCCUGCAACUGCAGAGACCAAACAUCCCGGGCAAUAUCCGACUGGAUGGGGCCCCACCCGACCAAAGAAAGCUUUCGCAGUCCGGACCCAAAACGGAGGACGACUUCAGCGCGGCAUUGGCGGCCUGCUUGGACAGGCCUAUUGACGCUCGCUCGGCAGGCUGGGGCGAGGUCGGGGAACGCGAGCAGCUCCGGAGAUCCGGCGCGGCGUUGGACGGACGCAGGCUCCAUUCGCCUCUCUCGGGUGUCAAGGCCAGCAUCAUCAAUGAGCUCAGCUCCAAACUUCACCAAAUGAGUAGCAUGAGGAGCAUGGACGACUGGAGCCAAGCCCCCAAAUCUCCCACCACGCACAGGUAUUCAGCAGAUUUCAGCGAUGCGUUUCACAGCCCGCCUACGGGCCGCUCCACCUCCCCCUUGCCCGCUUGCUCGCCUCAACACCAUCCGGGACUCCCGCCCAAUCUGUCGGCCGCCCCCUCCGUAACCCCUUCCCCGCAGGUAACGGGGCAAGGCGCCUGGACCCGUUCCCCUUCCCCGCAGAUGCCCACCUCCCCGGUUCACUCGCACGCUCCCCAUUCGCCGACCUACUGCCCGUACCAGACGUCGCCCAAGCAUCGCUCCAAAAUGCGGCGGCAGACUUUCGAUUUCCAGUGCAGUCCCACGAAGGAGAUGCGAUCCGCCGUUUCUCGCCGCCGCGCCCCGAGUCCUCUCAUCUAUAACGCCGAGCAGCCCAACUGCGCCCCUCCUCGGCCGUCCUCCCUGCCCAUCCUUCCCAGUACUCCCGUCUACGGCAACCCCUUUGAAUUCCCGGGCCCGCUCACCCCUCCUUCCCCCGGCCUCCCUCUCGGCGACGCCUACGCGGCCUCGGCGCCGCCGCUUUUCUCCCCGUCGGGCGCGCCGAGUCCGAACCCGUUGCUGGUCUCCCACUCCCUCUCCCCUACGCAUUACCUCUCCGGAGCCUCCUCCCCGUUGCACUUGCCCCCGAGCCCGUCCUGCCUCAACUUCCCCCAUCUCGCCCCGCCCCCGCCGACCAAACCCUUCGCUCUCAAACCGCUGCCCUACUGGACCAAGUACGACGUGGCCGACUGGUUGGCUUACCUGAACCUGGGCGAACACAUAGAGCGCUUUAUCGAUAACGAGAUCGACGGAUCUCAUUUGCCUUCGCUUACCAAGGACGAUUUCUUGGACUUGGGCGUGACACGCGUGGGCCAUCGAAUGAACAUCGAGAGGGCGCUGAAGAAACUCGCCGACAGGUGAGGGGGGGACUGAAACGCAGCAGGGGUCGUAGAUCACAAAGGAAGGUGAGCGUCCUUCCGGAAAAAGCCGCGUCCUCGUUUUUCUUGAUCAGAUGCGUCCGAUUUGUCUUUUAAAGUGAUCCUUCCUCAACCCUCCGCCCAUCGCAGAUGACUUGAGUUUCCUUUUGCCGUUGAUUUGCCCUACUUCUCUCCCCAGGCCUUUGCAUGUCGCUACUUCCCCCAGAGACACAGACUGAGAGUGGUGGGGUGAUUGUGCGGUGACAAAAAAAAAAAUGUGUGACAAGCGCAUGA